AUGAGAAGGAGUAGGAGUAGGAGUAGGAGAUGGAGUAGAAGUAGGAGUAGAAGUAGGAUAGUACUAGGAGUAGGAGUAGGAUUAGGAGUAGGAGUAGGAGUACAGGUAGGAGUAGAGUACAGUUUUAAGUUCACACAAUUUGAGUAUAAACUAAAUUAUUUUCUAAAUUCUAACUUGGAAAAUAACUUGAUUUCUUUUUUUUUUAGUCUUUACAAAAUUCUAAAUAUUUGGAUUUUCCCUUUAAGUCUGUUUUCCAACAAAUAUGAGUUAAAAGUGUUCAGUUCAGAGUUUAAUACUGAUGAAGGAAACAUCACUGCUAAUCCUUGUCCUGCAGCAGGGAAUACAGCUGGAUUUAACCAUACCAGAGGAGAUCUUAUCUUUAAUGAAGAGUUUGAUACGAUUGAUGAAUCUCGGUGGACUCAUUGGAUCUCUGGUUGGAGAGGAGGAAACUGGGAGUUUCAGUACUACAGGAACAACAGGAAGAACAGUUAUACCAAGGAUGGAUAUUUAUUCAUCAAACCUUCCUUAACAGCAGAUGAGUAUGGAGAAGAUUUUCUUUAUAAUGGAGAACUCAGUCUGUGGGAAGAAGGAUGUACAGAUUCAUGGAAUAUUGACGGGGGCUGUGUUAUUCACUCCGGUGGAGAUAACAUUGUUAAUCCGAUUCAAUCUGCUAAACUUGUUUCUAAGGAUAAAUUUCACUUUAAAUGUGGAACUGUCGAAAUCAGAGCCAAACUGCCUAAAGGAGAUUGGCUUUGGCCAGCUCUUUGGCUCAUGCCUAAAGAUUCCAAAUAUGGAGGUUGGCCAAGAUCUGGAGAAAUUGACAUGUGUGAGUCUCGAGGUAAUGAAGACUUAAACUGUAAUGGUGUUGCACAGGGUAGACAGCUAGCAGGUUCUACGCUGCACUGGGGCCCGGAUCCAGGUAGUAAUGGUUUCAUGAAAACAUCAUGGUGGACUGUUAAUGAGGAAAACGAUUUUAGCAGUGACUUUCACCUCUACCGACUGGAGUGGAAUGAGGACGGAAUUAGCUCCUUUAUGGAUGACAAUUACAUCGGAGGUGUUUAUCCUCCUGAGGGUGGAUUCUGGGAGUUUUGAGAUUUCAACGGAGACAAUCCUUGGAAAGAUGGAACUAAAAUGGCACCCUUUGAUUCAGAUUUUUACUUUAUUUUGAACGUAGCUGUUGGAGGGAACUUCUUCCCAGAUGGUUGUUACAAUGCUAAUGGUGAGAAGCCCUGGCAAAGUGGGAAUGUUCCUGGAUCCAAGAAGAGCUUCUGGGAGUCAAGCAGGGACUGGAUUCCAACCUGGAAUAUAGAUACAGAGGACGGGGCUUUACAGAUAGACUACAUCAAGGUCUGGAGUUUGUAGAGUUAUGUUUUACAUAUCUAUAUAAAUAAUCUUUUUGUUUGAUUACUUGUUUGUAUUCAAUAAACGUCAAAACAGCUUUAUAGCCAA